UCCGACUUCCCAUCCAAUGAUUGCAAAGAGCAUACCAUUAGGCAUAACGACGUCUCUCUCUCUUUACAGUGACUUACGUGAAGGGGCUUCGUCUUCUUUGCAAUCGCACAAGUGAGAGCUUCGAUCGAUCUCAUAACCCUAGCUGUUGGAGCUUGGCGGAUGAAAAACAUCUUCUCUCCUCCACUCCUCUUCUCCCUAAACGACGUGGCUAGACUCGUGAUUAUAUUUAUUUCUCAAGAGCCUUUUAAUUAUUCUCCGCUCAUCAAUUGGGCAUCCAAGCCGUUGUCGCAACUUCUCCGGCAACCCCAUUGCUAGCGUGAGCUCCGAUUACUUAUGCUGCAAUUCCGAAAAACACUUUCUUCUUCUCCGAAUUAUUUGAGUGAUUGGCAAAGGAGAUAGGAUGAGCGAGAGAAUAAAAAAUGGAGGGUGUGUUGGACUCUGUAAAUCGACUGGGAAAUCUCAGAUCCGUAGCAAUAUUGAAUCUAGAACGGAAAAGGAGAAGAGAAGGGAGCGAAUGCUCAAUAACCUUAGAUUGAGAGAGAAGACAGCCGCUGCAAUCGACGCUGGAAUCUGGAUCGGGCUGGGUUUUUGCAGACCCAGACCCAUGAUGCCCUCAGUUUUCUCUCACCUAAUCUUGUCCAUCCAUGUUAACAGGAACACAUGUCGCCAGAUUAAAGGGGAAUUACACCUAAUUGAACCUUGAGGGAAUUGGAGAGGAUCGGGAUCCCCAGGGGGAUUAUCCACCUUGCGAGCUUGUGGACUGUCAGAUUGGAAUCUCAUGGACACCAUACUCUGUUUGAUGAGAUGAAUACGCUCAAGAUGUAAAUGGCGGGAAAAAUCGCAAAGUAACAGAGAAAGCAUGGCAGAUUUUAGCAAAGGGAAGAGAACGCUUUUCUUGUUUCAUCUCGCUCAUCCUCACGACUCUUUACUCUCUCGCUCGCUCUGGUUACUGUGAUACUCUCUGGUUCCAUAGCUUGGUCUCGCUCUCGCUCUCGCUCUCUGGUUGUUACGACAAGAAGAUUGUAGGGGCUGAUAACCAUUUUUUCCCCGAAGAUAUGGGCAAUGAAGAGGCCCCAAAAAUUACCAAAAGAACAACCAGAUCAUCCUCUUCCACAGUUCAUUCAAAUAGUACCACUGAAACCAGAAAAACAAAUGAUCCCCACCCUCUAUCAACGAGCGAUUAUCCAGUAAUUGGUGAAGAGCCCACAAACUUGGAUGCUUUACUCUCUUGUUUUCCUGGUAGACGACUUCAGAUUCAAGAGCUCCUGCACUUGAUUGGUCCCUUGAAUUGUCCCAUGCUUCCUCUCUUUCUUUAUGGUGGUGCUUCUACUGGGAAAACGAGUAUCAUAGUUCAAAUUUUUAGACAUCUCAAACGCCCAUUUGUGUAUUCAAGCUGUCGUACUUGCUACAGUCCACGUAUCCUAUUUGAAUCUACACUAAAUCAGUUGUUGCUUCAUAGGAGGAAUAUGGAAAAUAGUUAUUCUAGUGCAAAGCGCUGUGAAAGACCUGCUGAUUUUGUUAAUUUUCUCCGUGAAGCCUUGACAGAUUUUAUAAAUAAUCUCAAGGGUUAUGUGAGAAAAUCAUGUCCAAAGGAGCCGGUAGACCAAGGAGGUGGAAGGAUGGUUUACUUGAUAUUUGAUAAUGUGGAGCUUAUUCAGGAGUGGGACAAGAAUUCUGGUAUAAUUUCCUUACUGUUCAAGCUCCAUGAUAUCCUGAAGAUGCCUGAUGUGGGUCUGAUCUUCAUCAGCAAUACAUCACCAGACACCUAUUAUUCAAAUACUGGCUACGUGGAGCCUAUUCCUGUUCAUUUUCCAGAUUAUAAUGAGGGUGAUCUUUCUGAGAUCUUUAUGAGAAACCAGAAGAAUCCAAAGCUUUAUUCUUCUUUUCUUGACAGUGUGGUCCUAAGAUCUUUCUGUAGAAUUACAAAACGGGUUGAUGAGUUAUCUACUGCUUUUCAACCAUUGUUUGAGAAAUAUUGUGAACCAAUAAGUGAUGCGGGGAUUGUUCCAAAUGAAGAAAUGAAGAGAAGGCUAUUCAGUCACCUUCGACCACACAUAGCUUCUGCUCUGAAUGAGGAUUUUAAGGUCUCUUCUGUGCCUUCUUUUAGUGUUGAAGCCAACAAGAAUAAAUCCCAACGAAAAGGCAGUAUCAUGAAAUUUGGAACCGGGGAAUAUUCUGAUGAGUUAGAUCUCCAUCUGUCUAUCUCAGCCAAGUAUCUGCUUAUUUCUGCUUUUCUUGCUUCAAGAAACCCGGCCACCCUUGAUGCAUCCCUAUUUGAUUCAACAGGGGGUUCAGAUGGUAGAAAGCGCAGGAGAAAGAGCUCUGUAACUGCAAUGGAGCAUAAGGAAACUGCAGAGAAAGAGUUGCUCAUGAAAGGACCAGGAUCUUUCCCAUUGGAAAGGCUGCUAGCAAUAUUUCAGUGUCUCAUAUCAGUGGCAGAAGGUCCACUCGAGGAAGAGCAGCAAGAUGCUGGUCAGAUGGAGUCGGAUGAUGGUGAGAUGGGGCUCAUGUCUGAUGUUCUAUUGCAUCUCUCCACACUGUGUAAUGCUAAUUUUGUCACCAAAGGAGGAACCUGCCCAUUAGAAGGAUCCACUAGGUACCGAUGUAAUGUGGCUGAAGAAAUGGCUUUAAAGGUUGCAAGGAGCUUGAAGUUCCCUCUAUCCAAGUAUUUAUAUAGAAGAUGACCUGUGAAGCGGGUAUACAUGCACUUCUGAUGUGAUUUCUUGUUUCCAGACCUACUCUUGGGGAUCUAUAAUGAAGACUCCAUGCUUUAUCAAUCAUUGCUUAUGGAAAUGAAUAUGUCCACCACUCUUGAUGGUGCAAUGAAACAUGAACUCAUAGAUUUUUAUUUAUUUUUGAUAAAGAAACUCAUAGAUUUCAUAUGGGUUAAUAUAGGUAUUAAGGAUGGUUGGAAAAAGGUUUUGAUUCGACAAUUAUUUUAUAAAAGAUUUCACUUUUGGCCUUUUGGAGGCUCGUUGCUCCAA